CUGCAUUGAAGACUUCUACAACAUUUUCCGCUACAAGUCGCCAAGCUGAAGCACUUCCGCUCCUUACGAUCGCUCGCAAGGGCCAUACGCGUUCCCAUUCAGCCAUCAUCGAGACUUUCUCUUCGAGCAUCAUAUCCUCUGAAUAGAUCAAUCGCAAACAUGGCGGCAACACCACUGGACAGCAAGGUCACGAGCCUGCUCGAGGCGACAUAUCCACAAGCAAAGGGAGAGAGUGAUCCAGCCAAGCUGACAUCGGCCAUAUUCACCACCAUCGAAUACUCGCCUGCCGAGAAGACCGAAAUCGAGCAAUGGACCACGACAGCUGCACACAUUGCCUCGCCCACCGAAGACGCAGCCAAGACCGCUGAACGUCUCUCCCAUCUCAACACACACCUCGCGACUCGCACGACCGUACUCGGCAGCAAGCCCAGCGUGGCCGACGUGGCUCUGUUCUGCAAGCUUGGGCCGGUGGUCAAGGGCUGGUCACCGGAGCAGCGCACUGGCGAGCAAGGAUACCACCACAUUACCCGCUUCAUCGACUUUGUACAGAAUGCAGAAAUGUUUGGCCUGAAGUUGAGUGGUGAUGACAAGAUUGAGAUUGAUCCCAGCAAUGUCGUGUCGCCCAUCAAGCCGAUCGAUGCGAAGGCUGAGAAGGAGCGCAAGAAGAAGGAGAAGGCUGCUGCAGCGGCGGCAGGCGCAGAUGCUGCAGCGGCAGCUGGUGGUACUGUGACUUCUGCGGCGAGCGAGGCUACAAAGCAGGCAGAGAACCAGAAACCCGCCGAGCCCAAGUCAAAAGACCUCGGCGACAAAGUGGGAGAUGCGGUGGCCGCUGCGACUCCAGGCCAGAAGAAGGAGAAGCCGAAGAAGGAGAAACAGCCCAAGCCACCAAAAGCUGCACCAGCGCCAGAGAAGCCUUUCGGCCCUGCUCUCAUUGACCUGCGAGUCGGGCACAUCUUGAAAGCCAUCCAGCAUCCAGACGCUGAGAAGCUCUUUGUCAGCACAAUCGCCUGUGGAGAUGCUCCUGGAACUGACAACACGUCUGAGUACGAGGGAAAAAUUGUUCGGACAGUCUGCUCUGGCCUGAACGGUCUGAUACCGCUCGAAGACAUGCAGAAUCGGAAGAUUGUGGCUGUCUGCAAUCUCAAGCCUGUCACCAUGCGUGGAAUUAAGUCAUCGGCCAUGGUGCUUGCCGCCUCUCCGCGUGUCGCCCCUGGUGAAGAUGACCACGGAGGUCCAGUCGAGCUCGUCAAUCCUCCUGCCGAUGCCGAAGCGGGUGAGCGUGUCUACUUUGAAGGCUUCGAGGGUGAGCCCGACGCUGUCCUCAACCCCAAGAAGAAGGUAUGGGAGGACAACCAGGUGGGCUUCACCACGACAGCCGACAAGGUGGUCGCUUUCGAGCCUAGCAAGGUCGAGAAGCUCAAUGGCAGUGGAAAGACGGAUGUAGCCAAAUUGCGAACAAAGCAAGGCGAGUGUACAGUGUCUACACUGAUCAACGCUACGGUACGCUAGAGCACUUCUUGUGCUCCGCGACAGCGACUCCACCUCACAGGUCUUUAUUGCAGUCCUGCGAGCGAACUUGAUGCAGGAAUGAUACCCAGAUGUACGAACAUAGCCGAUUCUAGCGCAGAAUCGAAUGAGAAACAUCCAAGUAUACUUCAAGACCUCAUUACAAGUACAGAAAACGUGACAUCGGGCAUGCAAUUGCGUUAUGAUGGGUGACACUGACCGAGUGAAGCCUCCAUAGAUCGAUGCCGCAUGCAUGCCUUCUUCACAUAUCCCGUUCACAACGCAGACACAACACCACCAAGCACCCAUCCCUGCCCCCGAUUGCAUCUGAACAGAUGGUCCAAAC